UAUAAACGGCCACCCGCCCCUGCACUGCUCCAGUCCGGCUGUUUGAGAGCAGUGCAGGAGCGGGUGGCCGUUCCUUCCCUGCCUGUACGCGCUCCGAUCACUGUAUGGGACCUCUGUGUGAGGUCCCGAUCAUGUGAUCACUGAUUGGCCAAUCAGUGAUCACAUGAAUAGUAGUAAGCAAGAUGUCACUUCUGACAUCAUUGCUUACUACUAGUGAAAUCUGUGAAUGAUCACAGAGGUCACAUGGUACAAGGCUAUUCACAACAGUCUUGUACCAUGUGACAAGCUGUGACCAAUCACAGCUCAC